GGGAAAAAGGACAUCUUUAAGACUUUAUGUAAUUUCUCUCACAGUGGCCGCUCCAGACUUGUUGGACCCAAAAUCUGCCACUCACAACACCAAGCCCCUCCUCUCCUUCUCCCCAAAGUCGGUCGCGCUGAGCCCUCGGGAGGAGAGUCAGGUGGUUGCCACGGUGAUGAAGAGGAAAACUGUGACUGCUAUCUUUCUUCUGGUGGUGCUGUACCUGGUGAUAGGAGCUGCUGUGUUCAGAUCUCUGGAGCAGCCCCAUGAAAGUGCCCAACGUUUGGCCAUUCUGUCCCAGAAGCUGGAGUUCCUGACCAGACACUCCUGUGUCAACCAGAGUCAGUUGGAGGAGCUGGUGAAGAAUGUUGUUUCUGCUAUCCGCUCUGGAGUAAACCCUGCAGGGACACUCACAAAUCACAGCAGCCUGUGGGACCUGAGUUCUGCUUUUUUCUUUGCUGGGACUGUUAUCACAACCAUUGGUUUUGGGAAUACCUCUCCACACACUGAGGGAGGGAAGAUCUUCUGCAUUGUCUAUGCACUUUUAGGGAUCCCUCUGUUUGGUUUCCUUCUCGCUGGUGUAGGAGAUCAACUCGGUACCAUCUUUGGCAAGGGAAUUGCCAGAGUGGAGAAAAUGUUUGUGCAGUGGGACAUCAGUCAGACGAAGAUCCGGGUCAUAUCUACGCUGCUUUUUGUGCUGUUUGGUUGCCUGCUGUUUGUGGCUCUCCCUGCUGCUAUCUUCAAGCACAUUGAAGGCUGGUCUGUUCUGGAGUCCCUCUACUUCGUGGUCAUCACUUUAACCACUAUUGGAUUUGGGGAUUUUGUAGCAGGCGGGUCGGAAAUAGAGUACCUGGAUUAUUACAAGCCUGUGGUGUGGUUCUGGAUCCUGGUGGGUCUGGCGUAUUUUGCUGCUAUUCUGAGCAUGAUAGGAGACUGGCUGAGAGUCAUCUCCAAACGGACCAAAGAAGAGGUGGGGGAGAUUCGAGCCCAUGCUGCAGAGUGGAAGGCCAACGUCUCAGCAGAGUUCAAGGAAACGCGCCGUCGAGUCAGCGUGGAGAUCUACGAUAAGUUCCAGCGUGCCGCUUCCAUAAAGCGCAAACUGUCCUCAGAGCUGGGGUUCAGCUCGGCCCCUGAGCUGACCCUGCCGAGGAACACCUCGGUCAACUUCACCGACGAGUGGGAGAGGAACGAGAGGGACACCGGACUGCAAAACUCAUCAACGCCUCCAGUCAGAAACGGCGGCUUGCUCCUGAACGGCCAUAGCCCGGAGCGAGGAGACAUUUCAAUCAUUUAACAUCUCAAGUAGAACCAGAUCCUCCUGUGGCCUUACCAUCAAUCAUUGAACCCAUCAAAGAUGAUUUUCCUCAAUCCAGUGGAUGAACUUCACACUCCUCGUCCUCCCCAGAAAUAGAAGUUCUUUUAGAAUUGUGAGAACUUUUGUAGCUUCAUCAGAAGCAAAAGUCCACCAUAAACCGCAAUGAUGUGUCACACCUCCAAACAAGUCAAGAAAAGCCAUUUAAAGUAAUAAUAAUAAGAUGCAUCAGUUCAAAUUAGGGGUGUUUCAAAGCUUAAUACAUUUUGUUUUAUGAUUUCUUUCAACUCAUUUCCUGUUUUUUUGCCUUUCUUUGUGUCUUUGUGUGGUUGCUGGAGACUUCAAAGAUGCCAAUUUUCAUCAAUCCUACAGGACUACAUCCUAUUGACUGUGACAAAUGGGGACAUUUUUAAAUUGAGUAUGUUUUCUUUUUUAUCAUACAGGUGGCAGUGCCUUGCCCUCAUGUCUCUGGAAUUUUAACAUCAAUCCAAAAGAAAUUGCACAGAAAUGUUCUUGUGGUCUGAAACAUGUGCCCUCUACUCUCUUUCAUCAUAAUCAUCUGACUUGAUGUCCGAUAAAAAGUCCAAAUGUGGAAUAAGAUGAGGCUUUAUUAAUCAAUCAGUAUUCAUAUCUGUGGUGUGACUUCACUGCUACAAAUGGUUGUUAGGAAACUUUCUAGCUUUUUGUUCAUCUAUGAAACUUUAUCACUCGUAGGACCAGUUGGAAAUUUCAUCUGAUGACAUCUUUUUUGAUCAUAGUCUGUUCAUUAUGUGUGUUUUGGUAACAUUUUGAAUUGUGCCUUUCAUUCUAAAGCAUUUAGAUGGCUUGGGAGAUUUCUCAGAUCUCUAAGUAUCUUAGAUCCUCAAAACUCUUAACCCUUUAACACCAGAGCUUUAACUGGUGAUCCAAUAGAUUCUGACUUCAAGAAAAGCUAUUGUAUGUCUGGUCUUAAAGGGUUAACUUUGCCAGAACGGUGGAGGUUUUUUUGCUGGAAAGUUGAAGUUUUGCCAAAACCGUGUUCACACACGCACCUGCCAAGUAAAAUUUAACGUCAGGAUGUGACUUGAAGCUGAAAGCAGCCAUGAAACAAAAUGCAUGCGCUACAGCUGCAUCUGCAGUACGGGGAUGUUGAAAAGUACCAUUUGCUUUAAUGAUGUUGAGAUUUGGUGAGAGAUGAAUGGAUGACUGCUUUUUAAAAAAAACAUUCACAAUACUUGAUGGUGUGCACUUAUAGCGGUACUAAAGGUACUUAUAAAAGCUUGAAUCAAUCUGGUGAAUGUACUGAAAAACUGUGAUGCUAUUUUGCCAACAUUAUAUUGUAAGAAAUACUGGUACAAGACUUUUUUAUGCUCUUGUUUGACAAAAUUCCUGUAGAAUUCCUCAAUGAACUGGUUGGAAACUGUAUAUUUAAGUUCUUUUAUUUUUCUU